UGAAUAUUUAUGGGUGCAUUUUGAACAGUCUAAGGAAUAGUUUUUGAUACUUCCAUGUAUAGGAAAUGUUAUAAAGUCAAGUGUUCAGUUUGUUUUAGAAGUUGGGAUAGGCUAGCCGCUAGGAUGUGGAUUGCCUAACAACUAUUUCUCAAACUUGUUAGAAUCAACCAUUCAUAAGCUGUCCUUAUAACAGACAUUUAGGUUCAUGUUGCUUAAUUUCCUCAGGCUAUUUAUCAAAAAGAAUUUGAAAACUAUAAACAAUGACAGAGAAGGAAAUGUUAAAUCUUGUUCAAAAUACUGAUAAUGAGUCAGAUCAUGGAAGUGAUCUUGAUGAUUGGUACAAUGCGGAUGAGUUAGCUUCAGAAGAUGAAGAACUAAUUAAAAAUACCAGUGAUAAGACACUCGGCUUUGAGACAGAUCACACUGCUCUCAAAACAAACCAGGAUUAUCAGAAAUUGGUUUAUACCUUAGCUCGUCUACAAGCUCAACGAAUAAAAGCUGUUGAGGAUGUUGACACACUUGUCAAACUUCGAUCAAAUGUUAGGAACAACCCGUUAGAGUUCCUUGAGAAAUUCAUCAAGGGUGACAAACUUGAUUUUCCUUCGAGAAUCAUAAUAGAGAAGGUUCCUAAGAUUGACUGGAGCAAAUACAGCAAUAAGGAGGAGCUUUCAAAUAAUGCGGUUGUUUGUAAAGAAGAACCUCAACUACAAACCAAAGUAGAACCUAAAUCACCAGAGGAAAACACAAAUUCAAUGAUUGUCAGAGGGAGAGUGUUUGACCAGUCUAAACCUCAGACAUUUAAUCAGUUAUGGACUCCAGAGGAACAGCUGAGACUGGAAGAACUGCUCAUAGAAUUUCCGCCUGAGAAAAAUGAAAACAACCGAUGGCGGAAAAUCGCUGAGGCUUUAGGGAAUAGAACAACAAAACAAGUUUGCAGCCGGGUGCAGAAGUAUUUCAAGAAGCUAAACAAAGCAGGAUUGCCAAUUCCAGGACAUCAGCUAAAAACAAAUAACAUGACUUCUCAGAAGAAGAAGCCCAGAAAAAACAAGAAAAACAACACAAGAGAGUCAACCUUCUUUCCCGCCCACCACUUAGGUGCCUCUAUACACUUUGACAUGUUGGACGAGGAUGACAACAGAACGGGAGUUCCUGCCUUCCCACCAGAAUUAAGGGGAGAUCUCGUUAGAAAAGUCAUUGACUUCAAGGUGAAGGAUGCUCAGCUUCCUCCGGUUACCCAUCCAGGAAUUGAGUGUGCUGUAUGUUCGGAGAAGCCUCUUAAAGGGACCCGAUGGCAUUGUCUAGUGUGUGACAAUGUCAAUUUGUGUUCCGACUGCGUUGUAGAUCAAGUGAGUGCAGAAUCGCCACAGCACCCUCCUUCACACCCCCUGAAGCCCCUGGGCAACCACUCAGUUUCCAGUUGGGAUACUGAUUAUAUGUCUAACUCCUUCCAGAGCAACAAUUACCUAGAUGCUAAUUUUGUAUCAACUGAUUUGGUUUAAGAAAAUAAUGUUUUGAGUUUAUAAUAUUAUUAAAGAUUUUAUACUGUUGA